GUUGUGUACACAGAGCCAGAAGAGAUUGCAGAAACUACUAAAACUGGCUUAAGAAGACAUUUCGGUCCACACUCCUGACCAGUUGGUGGCAGAAAUGCACCAAAUCGUUGUGUGCCAAAGAAGAAGAACUUUCUCGUGGACUGAGAGAUGGUUAUGUAGUUGUAUCUCAUCCAUAUUUCGGUGUGUGCAGCAAUAAUGUCUUCAGUUCAGUGUCUGACAGAGUUUAUCAGCGAGGAAGAGAUUGGUCGUCAGCGCAGACUGCUGGAUAGCUCCUGGAACCCCAGAAUCACGUUACAUAGAAUAGUUUCUUUUGACCCUCUAGAACUCCCACAACAUGCCUGUAAGGAGGAGGAGGACCAGCAGCUUUGUGAGGAAGAGAGGAACUCGAGUUUGGACCAAGAAGAAUCAGAAGCUCCACAGAUUAAAGAGGAACAGGAUGAAGUCUAUACGAGUCGGGAAGGAGAGCAGUUUUCACUGAAACAGGAGAAAGAUGCCGUCAUACACAGAAUAGACAUCUCACGUCAACAUUCCUGUAAGGAGGUGGCUUUUCUAGCUGAGCAGCAGCAGCAGUGUGCCCAGAAGUCCAACCCCAGUCCUGAUCAGGUUGAAGCAGUGCCUCUGCAUAUUAAAGAAGAACAGGAAGAGCUCCUUACCUGUCAGGAGGGAGAGCAACCUGUACUGAAGCAAGAGGCGGAGAGUUUAAUUACUCCUACUCAUGAGAAAAAUGACCACAGUGAUAAAAAACCAAACAGGGACCAACCUGUGGAUGAAAAGUCACAUUUAGAGGGAAGCAUGUUUGAAAGCUCCGGUCCAACAAGAUAUGCAGAACUGAAGCCAAAGAACAGUUACCAAAGAACUAGAAAUAAUGGAGAAAACUCCCCUCUGUUAGAAAAUCCCUGUAAUACUCAGCACAUAGAUAAGCGGCAGUCGUCUGGCAAAACCUAUGGGAAGCAAUUCAGGACAAGUAAGAGUAAACUAACUGUUUGGCUGAGAACUGGCAAAGCUGUGAAGCCAUAUUGUUGUAAAACAUGUGGAAAACCUUUCAUGAAAAACGGCCAUUUGUUGGCCCAUAUGAGAAUUCACACAGAUGAGCGGCCGUAUUCUUGUAACACAUGUGGAAAAUGUUUCAUAACAAAUAGUAAUUUGUUGCGUCACAUGACAACACAUACAGACGAGAAACCUUAUAUUUGUGAGACGUGUGGAAAACGUUUCACCAGAAAAUUUGGUUUGUUUGCCCACAUGAUAAUACACACAGGCGCGAAGCCGUAUCGUUGUAAUACAUGUGGGAAGCGUUUCAAUAAAAGUUAUAACUUAUCGGCCCACAUGAGAAUUCACACAAGUGAGCUGCAGUAUUCUUGUAAAUCAUGUGGAAAAAGUUACACUACGAGCAGCGCUUUGAGGUUCCACGUGAACAUUCACACAGGUGAGAAGCCGUUUUCUUGCAAAACAUGUGGAAAAGUUUUCAUGAAAAAUAGCAGUUUGUUGUGCCACAUGAGGACACACACAGGUGAGAAACCAUAUUCCUGUAAAACAUGUGGACAGUGUUUCACCACAAAUAGUAGUUUGACAGCCCAUAUGAAAAUUCACACAGGUGCAAAGCCAUAUUUUUGCAAAACAUGUGGAAAGUGUUUCAGUAAAAAUAGUAAUUUAUCUACCCACAUGAGAAGUCACACAGGCGAGAAGCCAUUUUCUUGUAAAACAUGUAAAAAAGGUUUCACAAGAAAUAGUAGUUUGUUGGACCAUAUGAGAAUUCACACAGGUGAGAGGCCGUUUUCUUGUAAAACAUGUGGAAGAAGUUUCUCGACAAAUAGAUAUUUAACAUCCCACGUAAAAGUUCACACAGGGAAGAAGCCGUAGAACGUGGAGCAAGUUUUACAACAAAUUGUUGCUCCGCGUGACAAUUCACACACACGUGACAAACUUUUUCCACGUUUUACCAGAAUGAAUGGCAGUUUGCUCCAUCACAAGAAAGUAUUUAGAAAAUCUUUAAGCACAAGUAGUUAUUUGUUGACACAAACGAGAACCCGAAGAGGUGUGAAAGUGACCAUCAUGUAAAAUGACCAUUUUUCAGUUGAAAAUUUGUUUGUUAAAGAUUUCAGACUUCGUAUGUGAAAAUUAAGUUGUCACCCUUUAAUAAAAAAUCUGCCUGAGACAUUUGAGUUUGUGAAUGUGAAGAAAAGGAUUUGGAUGGUUAUAAAUAAACUGUACCUACUGUACCAUGUUAAUGCAAAACACCCUAACUUAAUAAAUAGGUACCGUGUGAACCAUUAAGAUUUAGAAAUGUUCUAGUUUCAUGUUAUAUUUCUUUGUAUUUUUAAGUAGAAUAAAUUUUGGAGGCAACACUAAGAUACUGUGGAUGAUGUAUGAUAUGAUGUAAACGUUUCUGUACAAGUAGUUUGUGUCAUCUACAGAAGUUUGUAAGAAUACUUCUCUCAGUGCUUGAUGAAAUAAAUGAUGAGCAUAAUGGUAGUAAUUCAUAGUAGUAAAUGGUACGCAUUGUAAUUUCCCAGCUUGGGAUUAAUAAAGUCUAUCUAUCUAUCUAUCUAUCUAUCUAUCUAUCUAUCUAUCUAUCUA